AAAAUUAUUGCAUGUGCAAGAUGGAGGCUCCAUCUAGCUUCACGGAGGGAGAAGUUUAUCAGAUGGAUUUCAACCCCGGGAUCUACCUGGAAACAUACUACAGCCUCGGUGCAAGUCACUGCAAAGGAAACAAGAUCCUGACACUCAACCUGAGAAGCCUGUGUGAGAUGUUCGCUUUAAGUGAUGUGAAGGGUGACAUCCUGAUAGAUAUUGGCAGCGGCCCCACCAUUUACCAGCUCCUUUCUGCCUGCGAGAAGUUUAAUGAGAUCAUCGUUUCGGACUAUGCGGACCGGAACUGCCAGGAGCUGGAGAAGUGGCUGAAGAAGGGGCCGGGAGCGUUUGAUUGGACCCCGGUGGUGAAAUACGUGUGCGAGCUGGAGGGACAGAGGUAGGAGGCUUGGCUGCUGA